AUGUUACGUAGCCCGUGCCCAACCCGUUCGGGCAUACGGCUUUGCCAGGCCUGCGAGCCUGUCUCCGGGCGGCGGUGGAUUCAGUCUGCCAAGCGUCCCUCCUCCGCCUUGCGCAUCGGCGCGCUCUCACCUGCUGCGGCACCCCGAGCAAACCCUAUCUUUCCGAUAGCCGCCCGCUCCUUCACAACCUCGCGGCCAUGUCUAGUAGUCAAAUGGCCACAGAGCCCCCAAACCCUGAAUGCAUCGCCGAACAGAUUCGGCAGGACCCAGCCGGCCGGCCACCCGCUUCCGGACUUGGCUGGAUGCGUUGCUGCCGUCAAUCGCAUCACCAAGGCAUUCCUAGCUCAUUCGGGUCUUCCAUCCGAGGAGACCACGCUCAAGGCUCUUCAAGGAUGCGCAGCAAUCGAUCUGAGGUUGUUGGGGGACGCUGUGGAACGCCGCGCUGAAGACCCUGCGUCUGAGACUAGACCCGCAUCGCAGCUCUUGGGCCUGGACCGCGUCGUCCCAAAAACCGGGGACAAGCCCGUUCCCCAAGCAAGUCCGUCACUUCGACCGCACGAUGUCAUUGAUAAGAUAUCGGAUGCGGCAUACGCAAUCGUCGCCCACCCGACUGUUGUCAUCACCCGGAAGGUGCUUGAGGAGUACAUCCGCCUCCAGGCUCGUCUCGGAAGGCCGCAGACGUUGCCCCAGGUCCUCGCUCUUUACGCUGGCAAGCCAAGGCCGAAACUGGCAUCUGGGACCGUCCAAUAUGUUGAGCGUGACCCCAACAAGGCAGAAAAUGCUGUGGACCGCGCCGUUGCCGACAUGGCCUUGGAUGCCGCAAUCGAAGCCAAGAAUCUCGAGGCCGCCAUCGGCAUUCUGGAAAAUACCUACGCGUCAAAGGCUUUCAUCCGGUCCAAGAUAAUCAACAAGGCCCUUCUCCCUGCUACGGCCGUUGUGACCACACCCCUGGUCCUUUACUUUAUCGCCACCGAGCUAGCGCAGAUGCAAUACUCGUUGGAUUCGCAAACCGCGACCAACAUGGCCUUUGCAGGCGCCCUUUGCUAUGUGGGCUUCACUGCGAGCAUCGGUGCCGUGGCUCUCUUUACGUCAAAUGACCAAAUGAAACGGGUAACCUGGGCUCUGGGCACGCCGUUACGCCAUCGCUGGCUCUACGAAGAUGAGCGCGCUGCCCUUGACAAGAUUGCCUGCUCAUUCGGCUUCUCUGAGGAGCACCGGUACGGCGAGGAAGAGGGGGAAGAUUUCAUGUGGCUCCGAGAAUAUAUACUGCACCGAUCCAUGGUCCUUGACAAGGUGGAUCUGAUGCCCGGCAUGAACUAA